AUGCAGAUGUUGGAGAGCGAGGCGGUCGUGACUAGAUUCCAUGCUGUUUACUAUAAGCUAAACGAGGCCUUGGAUGAUAUGCCUUACGACGAGCUCGGGGUCUCGGUUGAAGUCCAGGACCAAGUCGAGCUAAUGCGGAUGCAACUCAAAAAGGCUCAGAAGAGGAGGGACACGCCGGACAUUGAGUUGGCGAUGGAUCUGAUGGUGGUACUAUCCGAGAAGGAUGACCGGAAUGUAGACAAUGCCAUCCUACAGUGCCUUGCGAACAGAUUGGAACUACGGAGCUUCUGCGAUCUGAAAGCAGAAAAAGUUGCCAUCAGUAAACUCGUGAAGCAGUUCGGAAAAGAUGCGCAGAACAUCCGGCAAAUAAUGGGCUUAUUUGGUAAGUUCAAACGGAUCAUCGGGUUCGAGGAGCCAAGCGCGCAGGAUUUUUCUGUUUCCUCGAGUACUCUGGUAAAAUUGCCGUCUUUAUCCAUUCCUCAUGAAUUCUUAUGCCCGAUCACGCUCGAGAUAAUGACGGAUCCUGUUAUCGUCGCCACCGGACAGACCUAUGAAAGAGAGAGCAUACAGAAGUGGCUGGAUUCGAAUCAUCGGACCUGCCCGAAGACCGGACAAAUCUUGCAUGACUUGUCGGUGGUGCCCAAUUACGCUCUCCGCAACCUUAUUUUGCAAUGGUGCGAGAAGAAUGACUUUGAGCUCCCAAGAAAGGCCAUUUCCGUUGGUUCUGAUGGCUCUUCGAGCGAACUCGUGAAGCAGAUAUCUUGCCUUGUACAAGAUCUGUCCUCUUCUCAGCUGAAUGCUCGAAGGCCCGCGAUUCUGGAGCUCCGGACUCUCUCCAAGGAUAACCCUGAUAGCAGAAUCCUGAUAGCCAACAUGGGAGGAGUCACGCCUCUAGUUCAGCUCCUGUCGUUUCCAGACUCUAAAAUCCAAGAACACGCCGUGACUGCACUCCUGAACUUGUCCCUCAACGACGCGAACAAGAGAGUAAUUGCCCGAGAAGGCGCGAUUCCACCUAUAAUCGAUAUACUGCAGAACGGAACGGAUGAGUCGCGGGAGAACUCUGCAGCAGCCUUGUUUAGCAUAUCGAUGCUCGACGAGAACAAGGUGCUUGUGGGCUCCGCGAAUGGGAUUCCUCCAUUAUUGGAUCUUCUGAAAAACGGAACAGUUCGAGGUAAGAAGGACGCGGCUACUGCGCUUGUCAUCUUGUCCUUGCACCAAGCGAACAAGUCCAGGGCCAUCAAGGCGGGCGCCAUACCGCUGUUGCUCGAUUUGGUCAAGGACAACAAUUUGGGAAUGAUCGAUGAGGCGCUCUCGAUCUUGUUGCUCCUCGCCUCGCACCCCGAGGGGCGAGGCAAGCUGGGGCGGCUAUCUUUCAUCAAGACACUGGUGGAGAUCAUCAAGAACGGGACACCCAAGAACAAGGAGUGCGCGACAUCAGUGCUGCUGGAGCUGGGGCUGCACGACUCGUCCCUCGUGCGGGCCUCGCUUCAGUAUGGAGUAUACGAACAUCUGGUGGAGAUCGCCCGAAAUGGGACUAACAGAGGCCAGAGGAAAGCCUAUUCUCUGCUGCAGCACAUAAGUGCGAGCACAUUGCCUGAUACGUCGCGAAACGGGCGACUUUCUUUCGACUGCCGGCCACGGUUUUGA